GCAGAUCUAUUAUCAUUCUGCAUUUGCACUGAAGUGACAUAUGCAGCUUUUAAUUAAGUAUUUCAACUGAAUCGUCAUGGAUUCUCAAAAAAUUUUAGUCUAUUUUUUCCCUACACCAGUGAAGGACAUCAAUUACUCAUGUCAAGUCACUGCAGCUCUGUCUAGUAUCAAUGGAUAUCUGUCAAGUGAUGUGAUUCAAGGAUCUAACGAGAGACUGAUAGCCUGCAGUUAUGUGGACAGCCAAGAUCAGCUGUUCAAUGACAUCAAGUCUACAGUGAAGAAGGACUGUGGUUUGGAAGUGUUUGUGUGCUCCUGCAUUGAGAACACCAGUCACGGCACUGUGAUUCAGGUGGAAGGUAUGACAUGCAACUCUUGCGUAAGGCUUAUUGAGAGCACACUCUCAACACAAGUUGGAGUUAUUGGGGUCAAGGUGUCUUUGGCCAAUAAAGAAGCUUUUGUUGUGUAUAAUUUGCAAGAAACGAAUACUGACAAUAUCUCCAUUGCGACCAAUCACAUGGGCUUUGACGCUGCAGUAAAACAAUCUUUCUCUAUUCUUACUAAGCCCUCUGCUACACCAUCUCUCGAGGCUGCUCCAGCCACAGAGAGGCGGUUUGAUGCAAGUAGCACAACACUUCCAGAGGCCAACUCGAAACGAGUUGCCAUCAAGAAAAGAGUUGACAGUAUCGGCAUUGAUGGUAUGACAUGCCACUCGUGUGUGAGCCUGAUUGAGAGCACUGUGGUGGGGCUCCCUGGAGUGAUGAGCGUGCGAGUGUCAUUAGAGGGCAAGGAAGGCGUGGUAGAGUACAACGAUGCUGUAGUCUCGAGUGAACAGAUCAAGGAGGCCAUAGAUAAUAUGGGAUUCAUUGUCACUUACAUUAUAAUAGUCGUGCGUUUGUUUCUAGAAACAUCUGUUAGUCCAUUUGGUCUAGAGGAUGCUGCAAUGCCAUUAGCUGAUGAGAUUGAGCCAUUUGGUCCAGAGGAUGCUGCAAUGCCAUUAGCUGAUGCGAUUGAGCCAUUUUGUCCAGAGGAUGCUGCAAUACCAUUAGCUGGUGAGAUUGAGGAAUGCCUAGACAAGAAGGUUUUGCUUUCCAAGAAGAAAAAGUCAGUCUGUAGGAAGAAAGAAGCUGCUGAAAAUGAGAGUAGCCAGCAAAUCACAAACAGAAAAAGGGCCCAAAUUCAAGUUACUGGCAUGAGCUGUGCUUCCUGUGUCUCUAUAAUAGAGAGAGAGAUGGGAAAGAAACCAGGAGUCCACUCAGUGGUGGUGGCUCUACUGUCUGAGAAGGCUGAGAUUCAGUACAACCCAGAGCAGACUGACCCAGAGAAGCUGGUCAGGGACAUUUCUAGUCUGGGCUUUGGGGCAAACCUCAUUGCAGACCAAUAUGGAUACCAGCAGGGGAAGAUCAAUUUGAUCAUUGAAGGUAUGACCUCCUCCUCGUGUGUGCAUACGAUAGAGCAGACUCUCCUGGGCACAAACGGAAUAGAAAAAGCUGUUGUUGCACUCUCAACCAGCAGGAGUCAUGUUGAGUUUGAUUCCACCAUCCUUGGACCGCGUGAUGUCAUACAGAUUGUCAAGAAUGCUGGGUUUGAUGCUCAUCUAGGCAAUGAAGGCAACGCCCAAAGUAAUCUCAGUGACAAUCGCUCCCUUCGCAGAUGGUAUAUCACCUUCUUCUUUUCUCUAGUGUUCGGUAUCCCCACAAUUAUUAUUGCUUUCACGUCUGUUGAAUGGCCUGUGCUUACACCUGGACUUAACCUCAGAGAAGUGCUUCUUCUCACCCUUGCCUCUAUUAUACAGGUUUUUGGAGGAUACUCUUUCUAUGUGUCUGCAUUCAAGUCCUUGCGUCAUUGUACUGCUAACAUGGAGGUACUUAUCGCCCUGGCAACCACCAUCGCCUACGUCUAUUCAGUGAUAGUCGUGAUCAUAGCGUCCACAACGACUUACCAAGAUACAAAGACAUUAUUUGAGACGGCACCCAUGCUCCUGAUGUUUGUUUCAUUCGGCCGCUGUUUAGAAAACAUUGCUAGAGGGAAGACAUCCAAGGCUCUGGCCAAACUCAUGUCCCUCCAGGCUACAGAGGCCAGACUCAUCAAGAAAGCUUCUAUUGGAGCUCUAGAAGAAGAGGAGCUUAUAGCAGUGGAACUGGUCCAGACAGGAGACACACUCAAGGUGGUGCCAGGAGAGAAGAUUCCAGUUGAUGCUACAGUCAUCAGUGGCAGCUCAAGUGUAGACGAGUCACUCGUCACUGGUGAAUCAAUGCCAGUAGACAAAAAUAAAGGGGACACUGUUAUCGGAGGCACUCUCAAUCAAAAUGGAGUACUUUAUCUGGAAGCAACUCACAUUGGAUCAGACGCCAUGUUGGCACAAAUUGUGAAGCUAAUUGAAGAGGCCCAGACGUCUAAAGCACCCAUCCAAAGGAUAGCAGAUCGCAUCGCUGGUUAUUUUGUCCCUACCAUUUUAGUUUUGGCUCUCAUUACUCUGGUUGUCUGGCUGGCCAUCAUCAUCACUCUGCAACGCACAACACCACAGGACUACUGCUUUUCAUCUGAUAACUUGUCCAACUUUUCAAGCUCCUAUUUUUACGGCAACUUUUCUAUCAAUGCAACGGACAUUCUUCCCAGUCAGAUAUGUUACUCAAUUAGCAAAGUAUUUACUCACACUAUCGCUGUGCUCCUGAUUGCAUGCCCGUGUGCACUAGGACUGGCCACGCCCACUGCUGUGAUGGUGGGCACUGGUGUGGGGGCUGUCAAUGGGAUCCUCAUCAAGGGCGGAGAGCCACUAGAAACCGCACAUAAGGUGAAAACUGUCGUGUUUGACAAAACUGGCACCAUUACUCACGGAAAGGCCAGGGUUACCAAAGCAAUCCUGUUUGUCAAAGAGGCAAUAUGUACAAGUCCCCUCUUCACAAUCCUUGUAGGUCUGGCAGAGAGCAACUCUGAGCAUCCUCUGGGAAAAGCUAUCGUCAAAUAUUCUAGACAAGCUCUGGGUGGUGAAUUGAGAGGAGAGUGUCAGGAAUUUGAGGCAGUGCCGGGUCGCGGGCUGCGGUGCACUGUGUUGGGAGUGGACCAGUACUCCAACUCUGACACGUGGGAAAACACCAUUCCACUCAAGAGACUCAUCGUUAUACAGAGCUCGACUUCCCUCUUAUCCCUGCAGAGAGGUGGAGCCAGCCCACCAAGGAUUUAUAAAGUACUGAUUGGGAAUCGGGAAUGGAUGAGUGAGAAUGGCAUAGAUGUGGUAAUGGGAAUGGAGGAAAAAAUUCAGGCCUGGGAGACGCAAGGAAGAACUGUGGUCCUGGUAUCUGUAGACAGUGAGCUGAUCUGGUAUAUUGCAAAUCUAACCAACACACACAUGCAUAUUAUAGGUAUCCUUGUUGGUGCAAUAGGCAUUGCAGACAGCAUCAAAUCUGAGGCACAAGUGGCAAUAUCUUCCCUGAAGAAGAUGGGCCACCGUGUGGUGCUGCUGACUGGAGACAAUAGGAGAACAGCUCAAGCUAUUGCAGCAGAGGUUGGGAUUCACGAGGUUUAUGCUGAAGUACUGCCUUCUCACAAGAAGAACCAGAUAUCUGAUCUUCAAAAAGAGGGGAAAGUGAAGGUGGCCAUGGUUGGUGAUGGUAUCAACGACUCUCCUGCUCUGGCUCAAGCUGAUAUUGGCAUAGCAAUUGGAACAGGGACUGAUGUUGCAGUCGAGGCAGCUGACAUUGUACUAGUGAAGAGUAACCUUGUUGAUGUUGUGGCAGCCAUUGAUAUCUCUCGUCGAACAGUUCGUAGAAUCAGGAUCAAUUUUUUCUGGGCAAUAUUCUACAACAUGAUUGGCAUCCCAAUUGCUGCAGGUGUCUUGUCACCUGUUGGUUUUAUCCUCGAGCCGUGGAUGGCCAGUGCCGCAAUGGCCUUCAGCUCUGUCAGUGUUGUCUGCAGCUCUCUCCUACUCAAAUGCUACAUAAAGCCUAAUGUGGAAAAUUACAUGGACAGUGACCCUCGUCCCAGCAACUCGUACGAACGGUUAUCUUUCUAUAGUUCCCAUCUCCCACUCCACAAGAGAGCUCUGUUGUUCCUAGGAAUGGACCGCCUCGCUGGAACUGGAAUGAGACUUGCAGUAUAUAGUGAUGAUAUGCCUGUCUCAUCCAACAUAGAUGAUGACACCAGUAUUGUUGUUUACGAUGAUAGUAUUGUGUAACCUCAGUUACUGUUAUACAACACAACUACUAAUUAAUGCUGACACUUUUUUCAUGA